CGUAGAGGUGGGAAUUUUCGGUUAAAAAAUGUUUGGGACUUUAGACUAUCUUAUCAAAAAUAUCAACAGUGAUAAAAAGUAUAAUCAAUAAAAUAAUAUUAAAAAAAAAAAUGGUUGCAAACAUUUUAGUUCAUUGUCCGUAGUUUGUACCAAACACUUGUCUGUAAUAAUAACUGUAUUGUUAAUUUUUUAUAGUUAAUGAUGUACUUUAUUUUACAACAAUAAAUAUGUCUUCAGACGACGAAUGUGAUGAAUACAUUAUUUAUGGAAAUUUAUUAGAUGUUAUAAAAGAAGGUAAGCCAUAUUGUAUACAAAAUUAUGGAAUUGGAAGUGGUGAUUUUCUAUCUGUCUUACACACGUGCAACAUAAGAAUUUAGAAAUAUUUUUUUUCUAGCGUACCUAUUUGCGAUAUGUAAAUAGAUUUGAAUUUGUCAACGAGUUUACCUGAAAUCGAUCUUUUCAAAUUUUGAUUUUAUUCCUCUGAUCAUAAAAAAAUAAUAAUAAAAAAUUGAAUAUUUUAAUUUUGGAAAAAUUUUAAAAGUUAGUUCUAGUCUACUUGACCCCCGACAAGAAAGUGUUCCCUGACAUAUAGGUUUAGUUGACACUUGCUGUUUAAUGUACGGUUUCCAAGGCGCGACCGGUCUCCGCGAUCUGUCAUUGGUGUGUACUGGUUUCCUAGGCGCGACCGGUCGCCAUGACCAGUCUCCGGUGAUGUAAAGAAAACCAUCAAAUUCUGUAUCUGUAUUCAGUAUCAUUGUUGUUUUCGUGCAGUGAGGGCUAGUAUUUUAAAGUUAAAUUGUAUAUUUACUACUAUGAGUAUGAAUACAAUUAUUAAUAACAUUAAUAAAAUAAUGUUACUUCUUCUUGAAGAAGAGCAAGAGGAUGAUGAUUUAUUAAUUACAACACAAUGCAAUCAGAGAGAAAAAGUUGAUGCACUUUUUCNCUGCAUUUUUAUAUUUGUUGUGCAACAGAUCAAACAGCUCAACAUUUCUUCGAAUCAAUUUCGAUCAGUUGUUCUUCUUCUUCUCCCGAAAAAUUUAAUUUAGCCAUAUUGCUGUACAGGACAGUCGAAAUACACUAAUCAAAAGCUGGUUUGUGAAUGAAAUAAAUCAACGUUCGCGCGCGACAGUCGUAAUACACUGCUUUCGGACCGGUAGUGUUGCCGGUUGCGCCUUGGAAACCGUACCUUUACAUUUCUCCUGUUUUCAACGUUCUAAUCAUUUGUUAUAAAAUGUAUACACCUACUGCAGAUAAAAAAGAUACGACAAUUAUAUAAGUUAGGUAUUCAUUAUAUAUAUGGUACUCACUGUUAUACCUAUCUUAUAUCGUUAAUUUUACCAAACAUUAUUCUUAAAAUAUCUAUAACUGAAUUUCACACAAAUACGUAAUGUAUAUAAUUUCCAUACCUCUUUUUUUAUCUGUGUUAGGUCUAUACAAUUUAUAACAUAAAUUAUGAGAACAUCAAAAACACGAGAAAUAUUAAAGUAUCAUCUACUAAACCAUAGCGGCAGAAUAAUACUUCCAUGGCGGGUGUCAACUAGACCAGUACUAAAAAAUCAAAAAGUGGGAAAAUCAAUCUCAUGUAAACUUGACAACAAAGUUAAAUUUGCUUUCAGAAUUCUUAUCACUUACUAGACCAAUCGGUAUGCUAGAAAUAUAACACGUCUAAAUUUCUAUGUUGCGCAUGAGUAAGACAUACAGAAAAUUACUGCUUCCAAUAUCCUUAAUAUAUAUAUAUUAAAUUUUUUGACACCUAUGAUUGGUUGAAGAUUUAUACCCAUUUUUAUUACCUACAAAGUUUAAUAUUAGGUGCAUUUUAUUACAUUACUUGAUAUACUUUGUAGGUAUAUUUUUUUUAAGUGAUACGAUUGCAAGUGCUAUUUUAUCAAAAAUGCGUAGUUACAAUUGAAUUGUAUUUAAACAAAUUAUAAGUUUCAUACAUUUUAUUCAUUAUUGUUAAUACAUUGCAUUAAUUUUGUUUAUACUUUCGUAAUAGGUAUAUAUUAUUUUAAAUAUUAUUUAAUUGACCAUUUCUUUCAUAGAUGAAAUUGUGAAAAGAAUAGAUGCGGAACAACAAUUUGUUAGAGAUGAAAAUGGAAGAAGAAGAUUUCAUGGAGCAUUUACUGGUGGUUUUUCAGCUGGAUUUUAUAACACAGUUGGUUCUUCAGAAGGAUGGACACCAAGCACAUUUAAAUCAUCUAGAAGUUCCAAAUCUACUCAAAGAGUUCAACAUGCUCAUGAUUUUAUGGAUGAAGAAGUAUACAAGCUUAAUAUUAACUAACUUAAUCAUACCUACCUAUUAAAUCAAUAUAAAUCUUUAUUGCAUUUUAGGAUAAAAAAGAUUUAGGAAUUGAUUCAUCAAGCUUAAAAAUAAAGUCAGAGUAUAGUCAUUAUACUUCAAGAAAACGCCAAUUUCCUGAAGUUAAUGUAGGCCCUAUUCCAGGAAGACCAGCCCUUGGAGAUAUUUUAAAACCAAUAAAGUAAGACAAUUUUAUUGACUAUCAUAAAUUCAAUAGCAUGGUUUUGUUACAAUAAAUCUGUACCAAAUUUAAAUACUUUAAUUUAUUUUUUCUACUGACCAUCAAAUGGAUACUGUAUGAAGUUUUGUUUAAAUUAGUAUAAACAAUUAUAUUUAUUUUGAACAAACUUUUGAUAGAAUUGAUCAUUUCUUAUAAUGCAAACAUUUUAAAAUAUUAGUUUUUUGAAAUCUUUCUUAUUUUGGCUUAAUUCAUUCUUGAAUCCUGGAGAAGCAUUCUUCACUAUUUUUUUUAAAUUUUAAAUCAAUCUCUAAGAGUAAAAAAUAGGAUUUUAUGGGUAUGACUUGGUAUUAUCAUUAUAAUAACAUUCAGUCAGCCAAACAGUUACUUUUGUAUUUAUAAUAUUAUUAUUAAUUUUAUUUAAGGAAUACAUGGGGUAUAGAAUUACUUAAAAGUAUGGGCUGGAAGCCAGGCCAGGGAGUUGGGCCACGGCUCACACAACAAGAAAAAUUACAAUCACAAAGGGAAUUGGCGAAUGUUGGAAUGAAAUUUAAUAAUUAUGAAAACCAAGAAGAUUUUAAUGAAUUAUUAAAAAAUAUUAAAGUUUCGCCAUAUGAAUAUGAAACUAAGAUUAUGAAACCAAAAGUAGAUACUUUUGGCCUUGGUUAUGAAGGUCUGAAGGCAUAUAAUAUGCCGACAAAAUCUAACAGUUAUAGUAAACUUACUGUUGGUGGAAAAUCUAUUCAUGGACAAGUAAUUAGUUAACAUGAAUUAUAUAUUUGUAUGUGGGGUAUUCUUAUAGUGUGUAACCAAAAAGUUUAAUUUGUUUAAUCUUUUAUCUCUAUAAUUGUUAAAAUGGUAUGGAUCCUAAAUUCAUACAAAUAAUUUAUUUAUUUUUACAUUUUUUGGAUAUCCACUCAAAAUUUAUUAUAAAUUUAAUAGAAAUUAAAAUGUACUAUUUAGUAUUCAAAUAUAUUUAAAAUGUACCUAUUAUUUUGUAUUUAUUACAAGUUGGUGUUGAUACAUAACUGUGGUUUACCAUUGAUUUGUAGGUCACACAGUAUAAGAAUAUCCUAUGUGGGUAUUACCUAUAAUGAUUAUAUAAUUCUGUAUUGAAAUUAUUUUCUUUUUAAUAUCCAGGCUUUUGGAGUUGGAGCUUAUGAAGAAGAUGAUGACGAUAUUUAUAAAACUGAUGAUAUGUCAAAUUAUGACUUUUCCUUAGAAGAAAAAAGUCAAAAAUUAAAAGAAAAAUUAAAAUCAAAAAAUUUGGAUGUUGAAUGUAUUGAUGGAUUCAUUAAAAGUGAAACAGGACAAAGAUUGUUUGAUAAAUUUCCCCCUAAUCCUGAAAUUCCACCAGGUAAACUAUUUUUAUUGUACAGAAUUAUAUAUAUAUAUAUAUUUUAAAUAAUUUAAAUUCAUUUUAUUAGAAUGGAAUCCACAAGGAAUGUUUGACAGAAUUUUUGGAAAUUGUACACCAGAUUUCCAUACCCAAUCCAAUUUUUCUACUUGCAAUGUGAAUUCUAGACAACGAGAAAUGAAAAAGCUUAUUCCGCCUCCAGUUGAGCAGUGUAUAAAAAAAGGUUAAUAUAAUAAUACAACAAUUAUUUUUGAAAUAUUAAAAUAUUAUACAUAAAAUAUUUUUAUAGAGAUACCUAAUUUAGGUUCAGACUUAAUGUUUGAUCGGUUUACAAAAGCCAUAUUACCAGAUGAUUCUACUAAUGCAUUAAUACCAGUAAUUCGAACCACUGAUCCAAUGUUAAAAGAGUUACAAACUUAUGUUGACAAGAAAAUGUAUGGAUCUGGGACUCGUAAAUCAGAAAACUGGAUUCCUGAUAAAUUACUUUGUAAACGAUUCAAUGUUCCUAUACCCAAGCAGUCUAUGUAAUUUUUAUACAUACAUAUAUAUAUAUAUUUAUAUUUUUUUUUUAAUUUAAUUUAAUUUUAAUUGUAUAUUUUUACUUUUUUAAAAGUUUCUCUCUACAUAACUUUAACUCAAAAAGUUCCAUUCAAUAUAGUUUAAUUUUUACAGACUAAUAAAAUAAUUUUAGGAUCAACAAUGCAGAUGAUGAUCAAAAGCUAUUCAAGUCAUUGCAAUUGGAACCACAUGACUGUGAAUCUAAUUUUGUGAAUCUACUAAAAAUUAACGGUUCUACUGUAGUAAGUAUUUUACUAUGGCUUAAGAUAUUAUCUGGAGUUAUAUAUAGUAGUUUAAUAAUAAAUGAAACUGAACCAUUAUUAUUUAUGGUAAUUUUUAUUUUUCAACAUCAUUUAUUUAAAAUAAUAAUUAGUACUCAUACAAUUAUAACAAUCUGAUCAGUAGCUUAGUUUUAUUAAUGUAAUAAAUUAUUCUUUCAGAAAAAAACUAAAGUUGAAGUUGUGGAAAGUCCAAUUGAAAUAAAACCAACUAUUGAUUUUUUUAAAGAUAUAUUUUUAACUGAUAGUGAUGAGGAAAAUUCAGUGGAUAAUACAUCUACUACAACUAAUCCUGAAAAUAAUAAUCCUGCAGCCAGUAUUUUAUCCAAUGCCCCAAGUACAUCUACGUAUAUUUGCCCUCCCAGUGGAAUAUUUGCUAAUCUUAAUUUUGAUGAUUUGAUACCACUAAAGAAAAGUGAUGAAUCGGAAAUAGAAAAAAAUGACAAGAAUCAAACUGAUACCGAAAAUAAGGUAUAUGGUCCUUUGCCAGAACAGAAACCAUUAUACUUAAAUCCUAUACGGUUCAAUCCUAUAGAGAAUACAUCUACAGACGAUGAAUGGACUGAGAAAAUAAAAUCUCCCAACCGUGUAUCACACCAUAAAAAACACAAAAAACACAAGCUUAAAAAAAAAAAAAAAAAAUCUCAUAAAUAAAAUGUAAUAAUAUUUAAAGGUAAGUAAUUUUCUUCAUUCUUAUAUUAAACUAAUGUUCAUUUUAUUCAAAGAAUGUAUUUUUUAAAUAAUUAUUUUUUUUGGUUUUCAAAUUUAUUUCUUUAUUAUUCCUUGAAGUAUCGGAAUUAUUAUCAUAUUAUUGUAAGAUACAUAGCUUCUGUUCUAUUUUUUUUUUUUUUUAAAUUUUACUGUUCUUGAAAAGCCUUUUGAUAAUACAUUCCUUAACCUAUCUAUAUACUAUCUUCUAUCAUUAUUUGGGAACUUGUUUAAAUAAAUUUUAAUUCUGUAUUCAUAAUGGUAUUCUAUUUUUCUUUCUUACCAAGGUUUUCUUCUCAAUAUCUUUUGAUCUUUGAACAUGGCCUGCUCACUUAAGUCUCUAUUUUUUAUUUUUUUCUACCCAUAUAGCCACUUUUCUAAAUAUAUAUAAAAUAUAUUCAACAUAUUAAAAUAAAAAACUAAAUUACUGGAUGAGUUAAAUUAUAUGAUAUUAUAUUAUAACAAAGGUUUGAGAAAAUGUUCUUUAAAUACUACAAUCAAAUUUUUGAUUACUACAAGUCUACCAAACAAUUGCUUGUUCUAUGUAUAUUAUAAAUAUUUUAUGGUUUACAAAACAAUACAAAGAGUGACUUACAGCUAUAUUUAUAUUAAAUGAUAUUUAGAUACUGCUUACCAAAUGCUUACCUAAUAAACAAAUGUAAGAAUGUAAUAUGGUUAAUAUAUGUAGUUAUUAAUAUCAAAUAAUGUAUAAUAUACAAUGGAAUUUGCUGUAUUAUUAUGAUAAUUGUAUGUGUUGUUCUAUUCCCAAGAACAUAAUAAAACAAUAAUUUAAAACAUUUUAUACAAGGAAGCAUUAAAGCACUGAUCCCCUAUGUAAUCUGAUAUUUCCACCAUUCACACGUUUGCUGCAUUUAAAAUUAUAAAAAUACUAAUUUUGCUGAAAAAAAGUUUGAACUUUUUACCUAGUAAAGUUGUUUUCAUAAACAGCACAAUUAUACCUAUGUUUUUGAGUUUCUUACUUUACUUAACAAUAAAAUAAAAAUUCCUGAAAAAAGUAAAAUAAAAUGCAAACUGUGCAAUUGAUUAUAAUCAAUUUAAGCAAUUGAAAUAAACCCUUUAAAAAAGUUAACAUUGUAUAGUGCUAACAAAAAAAAUUGGAAUAAUUAUAUUCUAAAUAAAUUAUAAUAUCAUCACUGAUAAGAAUUAUAAUUUAUACUAUCUGUGAUAUAGGUCAAAAUGUAUAAGUAAUACAUUUUAUGCACUCCCACAGAUGGGAGUUAUACAUUAUACAGUUUUCUUCUUUUUAAAUUUGAUAUAGUAAAAUAGCAUUUUUUUUUUUUUUAGUUUAAAACAAAAAGAAUAAUAAUAAUAAGCCAAUGCUCUUCUGGACAAUCCACCCAGACACCUGAAACGUGAAUGGCCCAGAGAUCUUCUCAACAUACAUCACACUUAAUGUUUAUUAUUAUUUCUCUCUAAAUUAUCAGUAGUUUGCUAGUAAAACUAGCAGUAGUUUCUAAUGUGUAAUGCUUAUUUAUUCUUCUCACCACUUCAUUUUAUAUUCAUUAAUUUUCACAUAUACUUAAUGUACCAUUUAUUAUAUAAAUUGUAAAUAAACUACAUUUAAAUAUAAAUGGCACACAUUUCAAUAAUAAACUUUCAAG